UGCACGAGUUUUAGUUGUUGUAUUCACACUGCUGGCAACGUGGUAUAUUGCAGAGACUUUUUUCUCCUCAACGAUGGAGAUGAAGAACAUUAAACGCUUUUUAGGUGAAAAUUCAGAAGAAAAAGAAUCACAGAAAAAAAUACAUAACAAAUGUAGAAAUGAAAAAACUUGUCCAAGUGGUUACUUUGCAUUUAAAAUUGUAAGCGGUGCGGCAAAUGUUGUUGGACCUUCUAUCUGUUUCGAAGACAAAAUUAUAAUGAGUGGUGUGAGAAGCAACAUCGGUAGAGGAUUGAACAUUGCAUUAAUAAAUGCUACCAGUGGUGUCGUUCUGAAGACUGGCUAUUUUGAUAUGUAUUCUGGAGACGUAAAAGAAGUUAAAGAUUUUCUGAAGCCUACACAAGAUGGUACCUUUGUAUUAAUAGCCUCAUAUGAUGAUCCAGCAACAAAACUGGACGAUGAAACAAGGGACAUGUUUACCGGUUUUGGAAGCAGUUAUGCAAAGAAACUGGGAUUUCGAGACAGCUGGAUCUUCCUUGGAGGAAAAGGUCUUAAGGCAAAAUCUCCCUUUGAGCAGCACAUCAAGAAUGACAAAGAAACAAACAAAUAUGAUGGAUGGCCUGAGGUUAUUGAAAUGGAAGGCUGUGUCCCACAAAAGAAAAUCUAAGGACAUUUUUUUUAUUUUAGUUUGCACUUGAUGCUAAAUUACAUUCUUCUGAGGGCAAUUCUUUUUCACCAAAAUGCCCCAAAACUACUUGAUAUUUCCAACCAAAGACAGUGGUGCCGUACUUGAGGACUUUUUACAUCUUGAACUGUCUAGUGGAAUCUAGAGCCAGAUUAUUUAUAUGCUAUGUACAUAUUCUUUUAUUUAAUAAACAGGAAUGGCAAGGGGUCUGGGAGAAAGAUGUCAUAAAAUGUCAGAAAGAGCUUUGUCAUAAAAUCAUUGGGGGUUUUAUUAUUCAAGGAUGUCACGUGUUACAGAAUGGAUGACUGUUGGCUUUUUAAAAUAAAAAAUGGUGAUAAAAACAA